AAAGACGUUAUGACGGCGACUGUAUCACAAUCGCCGGUGAGGUGGUGGCGGACGGCGUUUCUCACCGUCAGAGACGAAGCCCUCACAACUCCUCCUCGCACUCCAAUCCCCGAGCUCCUCCACAGCUUCAUCUUCUCCCACUCCCACACUCUCCUCUCCGCCGCCCCCGACCUCCCUCCGCCGGAAGUGACGUCAGAUUUGCUCUUCUUAACGGAAUUGCUCACCGACAAGUCUCACGGAGCCGGAGACUUAACCCCUACCUUCGCUCACAUAAUUCACCUGAUCCAUGACGUCAGCCAUCGCCUUCCUCUCGAAGUCAAUUCAGCUUCGUGGACGGUGAUGCUCGACGGUUUCGGCAACAUGCUUCAGUCUUUCAUUGCUUCUUCUUCCUUUACGCCGAUCACGGAAUGCUUACAGACUCUGAGGCGUGUGAUGAGUAUCUACCAUAGGAAGUGUUCAACUGGUGAUGAGAUUCAGCUGGUGAAGUUCCUUCUGCGAGUGAUUGAGAGCUGUCAUUUGGAGUUGAGCAGCUUUUCGCAUUCGAUUCGCAGCCAGAGCUCUGCUUCUGAAGUUGGAAAGAGGAAGCCAAUGCCGCGAUACGGCAGCUUAUGGGAAGUUCAGACUCUUGCAUUCAAUAUGCUUGGAGAAGCAAUCUCUAGAGCCGGCUCGUUGUUUCCUGUGGAUGUCUGGAAAGCAUCUUUUGAGGUUUUUCGGAAAGUGAUGGAUGUAUUGGCAGCUAAAAGCCUUGUUGUAGAAGACACUGUAAUGUCGAGGUUUUAUUUAUCUCUACUGCAAUGUCUGCACUUGAGUCUUGCAGAGCGUAAGUGUUCCCUCUCUGACCAUGUCUCAGGAUUUGUAGCUGCUUUGCGAAUGUUCCUUUCCUAUGGUAUUAGUAGUAGAAGCCAGCUUGCCAGGCCGGCAACUGCUCAAAAGGAGAGUGAACUUAGUGUGGCCAGCCUUAAGUCUGGUUCGGAAGAUCCUAAACUAACUGAUCGCCGUCCAUAUAGACCUCCACACCUACGGGAAAGGAACAGUUCAAAGCAGAUUGGAGCUCAAAAUUUUCAAGGUUUAUCAGAUCACGAAUCUUUCAAACUUGACUUCGCCUCAUCAGAUUCAGAUUACAGUGACAGUGAUGGUUCACUCAAAGACACUGAGAACAUUCAGAAAUCGAAGGUCAGAGUGGCUGCUAUUGUUUGUCUGAAGGAUCUAUGUCAAGCUGAUUCAAAAUCAUUUAGUAGCCAAUGGACACUGCUGUUGCCAACCAGUGAUGUACUACAACCUAGGAAGUUUGAAGCAACACUAAUGACGUGUUUGCUGUUUGAUCCCUAUUUGAAGGCACGGGUUGCAUCAGCCUCAACUCUAGAAGCAAUGUUGGAUGGGCCUUCAUCUGUUUUUCUGCAGGUAGCUGAGUUCAAAGAGUCUUCUAAACAGGGAUCUUUUACAGCACUUUCAAGUUCCCUUGGACAUAUAUUAAUGCAGCUUCAUACAGGUAUUUUAUACUUAAUUCAACGAGAAACUCAUAGUAGAUUGCUGGCAUCCUUGUUCAAAAUUCUCAUGCUUUUGAUAUCAUCUACACCAUAUCCAAGAAUGCCUGGAGAAUUGUUACCAACAGUAUUUAGAUCUAUACAUGAAAGGAUACAAAAUGGAUUUCAAUUUAAAAGUGAUCACACUGGCCUGCUGGCUGCUUCUUUUAGUUGCAUAACAACAGCUCUGAAUACCUCACCAUCUUCCGCACAAAUUAGAGAAAUGCUUCAAAGAGAGAUAUUUAGUGGUUUUGCCGAGGCCAAAAAGAAGUCAGGUUUUCUUUCUACAUUGUUUCAAUAUUCAGAACAAGUUAGCAACCCACCGAUAUGCUUUGAGGCUCUUCAGGCGCUUAGGGCUGUGUCACACAAUUACCCAAGUAUAAUAUUUUCCUGUUGGGAACAAAUUUCCACCAUUGUUUAUCGCCUUCUGAGGGCAGCAACUCCUGAAGUUCCUGUAGGACAAUGGAAGGGGCAUACUGGAAAUUCUGUUGAAUUUAUUGGCGAGAGGAUCAUUACAGCUGCAAUAAGAGUUUUGGAUGAAUCUCUUCGUGCAAUAUCCGGAUUUAAAGGAACGGAAGACCCUUUAGAUGAUAAACUACUAGACGCCCCAUUUACCUCUGACUGCAUAAGGAUGAAGAAAGUUUCUUCAGCUCCUUCAUAUGAAUUAGAGAAUUUAGAAUGUACUAGAGAUGAAACUACAUCGUGUCAGUCUGGAAUCGAGCAGUGGUGUGAAGCCAUUGAGAAGCUUAUGCCUUUAGUUCUACAACAUACUUCUGCAAUGGUAAGAGCUGCCUCAGUUACCUGUUUCGCGGGUAUAACUUCGUCUGUGUUCUGUACAAUCUCAAAGGAAAAACAGGACUUCAUUCUUGCAUCUUCAGUUCGUGCUGCCGUACACGGCGAUGCACCUUCAGUUAGGGCAGCUGCUUGUCGAGCUAUUGGAGUCAUUUCAUGUAUUCCUAAAGUUUCUCAAAGUGCAGAGACCCUUGAUAAGUUUGUUCAUGCUGUGGAGCGUAACACUCGUGAUCCUUUGGUUUCGGUCCGAAUAACUGCUUCUUGGGCUUUAGCAAACAUAUGUGAUUCUAUCCAUCAUAGUAUUGGUGAUUUUAGCUUGGAAAACACUGGAGGCUCUCUUAAAAUUUCUCAAUUGUUUACCUUAUUAACUGAGUGUGCUUUGCGUCUGACUAAGGAUGGAGACAAGAUUAAAUCAAAUGCUGUAAGAGCUUUAGGGAAUCUUUCAAGAUCUGUCAAAUGUAGAGUUGAAUAUGAGACCCCUACAGGGGAUUAUGGGAAAGAUUGUCAAAGAGAUUUAUCAUACCAUCCAGCUGCUUUGAGAGAUUCACGUUGGCUUGAGAGGGUUGUUCAGGCAUUUAUUUCUUGUGUUACAACUGGUAAUGUCAAGGUCCAAUGGAAUGUUUGUCAUGCUUUGAGCAACCUAUUUCUGAAUGAGACAUUAAGACUGCAAGACAUGGAUUGGGCUCCAUCCGUGUUUAGUAUUCUUCUACUACUAUUACGGGAUUCUUCCAACUUUAAGAUCAGGAUCCAAGCUGCUGCUGCUCUGGCUGUUCCGGCUUCGGUAUAUGAUUAUGGGGAGUCUUUCUCAGAUAUCAUACAGGGUCUGGAGCAUAUAUUAGAGAAUCAAGGUUCAGACCAGAUUGCAUCAGCAUCGAAUUUCAAAUAUAGGAUAGCCCUUGAAAAGCAGUUAACUUUAACCAUGUUGCAUGUUCUUGUCCUCGCUUCAAGCUCUGAUCAUGCACCGGUGAAAGAUUUUCUUGUAAAAAAAGCCUCCUUCUUUGAAAACUGGUUCAAGUCACUGUGCUCAUCAUUAGGAGAGUCAAGUAGUCAACCAGAACUUGAAAAUAAGAAAUCCCUUGAGAACCCAAAGAAAGAAAUGAUCCGCAAUGCGAUUCGAUCACUAAUACAGCUGUACAAUGGCAGGAAGCAUCCUGCAACUGCUGAGAAGUUUGAGAACAGCAUACAGUGAGUUCUCUCGAUCUCCCUCGAUGAACUUGUGUACUACAUAUGUGGAAAACCCCAUAACCAAGACCCUUCCAUAGUCACCUAGUAUGCAAUGGCAUUUCUGGGACAAUAUGUGAGGGGGGUGGUUUUCGACAUACUGAAUUCUUAUUUCUAUUACAAUUCAAGUCACAAGGUUAGAAAUUAGGAUCUAAAUGGGUCAGUGUUGUAUCAAUGUGCAUGUAUCAUGUUAGCUAAUAGGGCACCUUAUUUGAUUUGUAACCUUAUUGUAUGGUGCAUAUCAGUGUAUGGAUUGCCUAAUAACGAGAGGCUUUCUCUUACUUAUGAAGAAGUGCGUGGUAUUACACGGUUACAUACAA